UGCUGCCUCAGCAUCCCUCACAGCCAGCGGAGGCCGCUGGCCUGCCGCUUGACCUGCGGCCGUUUUGGGCCGCAGAGCCCAAGAGAGCGCGGGCCCCGCAGCCGCAUUUGCAGCUGAGCUGUAAUCCCGGGGCGCCCGGAGCCGACGGAGGCAUGACCGCAGCAUGAACGCGGAACCUCCGGAGGAGAAAGCAGCGUCGGAGGCGCAGGCAGGAGCCAUGCCGGAGAAGCGUGCGGGCUCGCGGGCUCCGGGCGGCUCGCUACAAGGCUUUGGCCGACCAAGUGUAUACCAUGCUGCUGUUGUCAUCUUCCUUGAAUUCUUUGCAUGGGGCCUAUUGACAACUUCAAUGUUAACUGUUCUACAGGAAACAUUUCCUCAACACACAUUCCUCAUGAAUGGUCUCAUUCAGGGUGUAAAGGGUCUGCUCUCUUUUUUGAGUGCCCCACUCAUAGGCGCACUGUCUGAUGUGUGGGGAAGGAAGCCCUUUCUUCUUGGCACUGUCUUCUUCACCUGCUUCCCAAUUCCACUGAUGAGAAUCAGUCCAUGGUGGUAUUUUGCAAUGAUUUCCAUAUCUGGAGUCUUCUCAGUCACGUUCUCUGUGAUAUUUGCCUAUGUAGCUGAUGUCACUCAGGAACAUGAGCGAAGUACUGCUUAUGGAUGGGUCUCAGCCACUUUUGCAGCCAGUCUGGUCAGCAGCCCAGCCAUUGGAGCGUACCUUUCUUCCAGUUAUGGAGACAGCCUUGUUGUGCUAGUAGCCACAGUGGUAGCUCUUCUAGACAUCUGCUUCAUCUUAUUGGCUGUUCCGGAAUCUUUGCCAGAGAAAAUGAGACCUCUCUCCUGGGGAGCCCGGAUUUCUUGGAAACAAGCAGACCCUUUUGCGUCACUGAAGAAAGUUGGAAAAGAUUCUACCAUUUUAUUAAUCUGCAUCACUGUUUUUCUUUCAUACCUUCCUGAAGCUGGACAGUAUUCAAGUUUUUUUCUCUAUCUCAGGCAGGUCAUAGGAUUUGGAUCUGUUAAAAUUGCGGCUUUCAUAGCUAUGAUGUUCCAGCUAGCCUGGUAUGGUUUUGGAUCUCAAGCAUGGAUGAUGUGGGCAGCAGGGAUUGUGGCCGCUGUGUCCAGCAUUACGUUUCCAGCAGUCAGUACCCUCGUCUCUCAGAAUGCAGAGUCAAAUCAGCAAGGAGUUGCCCAGGGUAUCAUAACUGGAAUAAGAGGACUCUGUAAUGGACUGGGACCAGCCUUGUAUGGCUUCAUAUUCUACAUGUUCCAUGUGGAACUGACUGAGUUGGAACCAGAAUUGAUUUCUAACAAUGCUGCCCUACAGGGAGCUGUCAUCCCAGGCCCGCCAUUUUUGUUUGGGGCGUGUAUAGUGUUUAUGUCUUUCCUGGUUGCGGUAUUCAUCCCUGAGUACAGUAAAGGCAGUGGAAUUCAAAAACACAACAACAGUAUCAGUGGCAGCCUGGCCAACACUCCAGAACGGGGCAGUGAUGAGGACAUUGAGCCACUGCUUCAGGACAGCAGCAUCUGGGAGCUUUCUUCCCUUGAAGAGCCUGGGCAUCAGUGCACUGAGCUGUAAAUUCUGCAAAAAGGAUUCUGUGGACGCCACCUCUGAGCGUCAUGGGGGAGCCACACCACAUGGAGACUUCAUGGUGCUGGAGGGGAGAUACUAGUGGCAUCCCUCAGGGCUGAGUUUGAGAAGUAACCACCUCCAUCCCUCCGUCUUCCUCCCCUUCCUCCUCCUGUUCCUUUUCCACCAUUCUUUUCCUUUUCCUUUUCAUUAUACGUUAGAACUAAUUAAGAUUUGAAAUGUUAUACUUUCCUGCAAAUAAUAUGCAACUCUCAAAGUUCUCUGGGAUCCACAUUCAGAGACUCAAAUAGAAGAAGUCAUCUGUGGUGGAAAUGAUAGCUUUCCUUUAAUAAUGUCAGUGUAGGAGUGAUCAUGUCCUUUUCAAAAGGUGCAGGAUUGUAAUACAGCUGCUGUCUCUGACAGAAUUUUAGAUAAAAAAUCCCAUAUUUUCUCCUCUUCCGUUCCUCUGAACUGUGUGCAUUUAUCCCAUAGCUGUUUUUAAGUGGCUGCUUCAGGAGUCCCUCAGUCAGGGAUCUGUUGCCUUUGUUCUAAGAUCAGCAAAAAUCUAGUCUUACUCUCCUUUCCUUCUCUGCUUCCUAUUCUUGGCUAGAAUGAAAUUCAGCAUAUAUACCUCUGGAUAGUAACAAUACUGAUUAGUAUUAUUUAAUACCUUUACCAGAGGAAGGAAAAAAUUUUAAUAAAUCUAAAUCAUGAAGAACUAGCAGUUCAGAUUCCUGGACCUAAUGUCUUGGUUAGAUCCAUGGUGAUUUUACAGAAGAAAAACAUACCUCAAGCGUUCUGAUGGCAACAUAGAACUUGGAGGGUGCUUGUAAGAACCUUUUCAACAAUGUAAACAUUCCUAAGUGAAGAUGAGAGUUAGCAACUGGAUACCAGUGGAGUUUAUAUCCAAGUUUAGACUCACGUCAUGUUUUAUUACUAUUUACUCCCACCCACAUAUCCUGUGUCCUGCUUUUCGGUGUUUCUCAUUCAUCACAUCCCCACCUUAACUGUUUUAUGUAGGCAUUUGUUUUCAGCCUUUGUUUUCAUCUGUUAUCAUCUGCCUUUUGAAUCUCAUAGGAAUAUGCACAGCAAAUCCCUUUCUAAAAUAUGGGUUUAAGAAGCUCAGUUUCACAAGUGUCUUGCUAAUUUUUCAAGAUGU